GUGGAAAGAGACCAGAGAGACCAUCAACGAUGUUGCCAUUUGACUAUGAUGAUUAUGGUGGUGGUCAGUUCGUUGGUGGCACUCCAAUUGACCCUAGUAUUUGGCCGUGGCAAGUCUCCAUCAUGCACCGUCCAACCGCAGCAGAUCCUUUUCAGCAUCACUGUGGAGGAGCCAUCAUCAGCCAGGACUGGAUACUGACAGCUGCCGUAUGUGUUCAUGCACCACAGCAUCGCCUUUCAAGCAACCUGAUAGUCAAAGCUGGGACCACGGAUGCAAACCACAAUGACGCGAACACACAGGAAUUACAAAUUGAGAGGAUAGUCCCGCACAAACUCUUUAAUCCUAUCACACUGCGAUACAACAUUGCACUUCUGAAGUUGAAACCCCCCCUUGUAUUCAACACCUUUGUGGAUGAAAUUUGCAUCCCAGAUAAUUCCAAUGUUGAAGAACAUCAGUAUGGUAUCUGCCACAUUACAGGCUAUGCAGGGCCCAAUGCAAACACCAGCAUUUUACAAGAAGCAGAAGUGAAGAAAAUUGGCAAUCCCAGGUGUAACAUGCCUAACUGGUGGAACUACAAAGUGGCUGGGGACAUGUUUUGUAUGUCUCAUCCCAGUGGCAUGGGUGGUCCUGAUGGUUGUGAGAUGAAUCUUGGGGGCCCUGUGAGCUGCUUCAUGCCUGCAAACAACCGCUACUACAUCUAUGGGGUGCGGGUGUAUACCAAGGACUGUGGUGUGCCUCGGCGGCCCAACAUUUACCUCAAAGUGAGCAAGCAUUUCUACUGGAUUCAAAGAGAAGUUGGGGACAGCACCCCCCCUAUCCUUGCACCAAUUCACAGUCGCUCUUUGGCCAUGUGUGUGCUUUUUGCUUUCCAGUUUAGCUAAAAUGGUGAUUUGACAGUUUCCACACCAGUUACAUUUGUGACAUUCUAUU